AUGUCGACUGCCGAGAGUUGUUGCACCCGUACCCCUAUCGGGACAAACCAAAAGGUCCCCGUAGUAAAGAUUGCCAAUCUUGAUACCUACGUUGCCGGAAACACAUCCUCCAAAACCGGCCUCGUUGUAAUCUACGACAUCUUCGGCUUCUACCCCCAAACCCUCCAGGGAGCAGACCUACUAGCCGCACAAACCGGCGCAGUGACGUUCGUUCCGGAUGUGUUGGAGAAUGAAUAUGCUCUCCAUUCAUGGCUUCCGCCAGACACCGAGGAGAAGAGAAUUGCUUUUGAGGGGUUCUUCAAGGACACUGCUGCGCCGCCGUUGGUUUUGCCCAAGGUGAAGGCUUGGUUGGCUGUGGCCAAGGGCAAGUAUCCCAGUAUUGAGAAAUGGGGCAUUUUGGGGGUGUGCUGGGGUGGGAAGAUCGCCAUCCUCAAUUCGACGGAAGGAAGUGAUUUCGCUGUCUCCGGCCAAGUUCAUCCUGGAUUGUACGACGGAGCCGAUGCCAAAAACGCAGUCAUCCCUCACGUCGUCCUCGCCUCCAAGGAGGAGUCUACAGACGUUACCGCCGAAUACAAGGCCGCCUUUGACAAGAGCACCCUCGGCUCUUAUGUUGAUACUUAUGCUACCAUGCACCACGGCUGGAUGGGUGCACGAGCUAAUCUUGAGGAUCCCGAGAAUAAGAAGGAGUAUUACCGAGGAUACAAAGAAAUUGGAGACUUUUACUCCAAGUACCUGUAG